CGUGAGGUUGGUUUUUGUGGGAGAAAAGGACAAACAUUUUGGUUUGUUCCUUGUCUAAUCGUGUGCGCGACAAAGGCAUAGCCAUUUGAGAAGAGGCUCUGGUUGGGACUCCAAGAAUGUCGGUGUCAUCUACGGCCACUCCGCAGUUGCAGAGCUCCGGAAUGCUCUCCAGAGAGCAGUUUCUCCAUCUCUUCAACCGCUUCACAUUCCUCGCUUCCCAGCCCGAUGUGAAGAAAAGGAUUGCAGACGCUGUUGAGGAUAAGCAUGAAGCCGUCGCUGUAACCACUGCAAUCCAGGAAGAGAUAUUUCUUGAGAUGGGGGUUGAUCCAAGGUUUGGUUUAUCAUGCCUGGGGAAAGCGAAUACGGUUUAUGAGAAUGAUCAGGAUUUCAUGAUUUGCUUUUAUAAAUUUAUUGCAAGGGAAGAGAUGGCCUGUGAUGAAGCUGAGCUUGGACCAGAUGAAUUUACUGAAAGAAUGCGUAGUCAACAAAUGCUACAGGAACAGCAACUGGAGAUGCUAAAGCACAUGCGGAAAUUUCACUUGGAUGACCAAUCUGCUAUUCUUGAGAAGUUGCGCCAGCAGAUGGAAAAUGCCAAUUAUGAGGGUGGGGCAUCGGUUUUGUCACCUGAACAGAUUCAGGAGAUUGUUCAAAGGAGGGUAUCCCCUUUAUUUAAGCCGCAGUGGACAUGAGAUGGUCAAUGGAAGCAGGAAAUGCGCUUUAAUAAUGCCCCAAGGGAAGUGGGCCGUAGUGGAGAUCAACUGUUGGGGAACCUGUUUUUGGCAUGUUGUAUGAGGCUUUCUCAGGAGUAAACAUUUUCUCCAGCUAAUUUUAUGACAGGAAAAAGACCCACCUGGCUUUUGUGAUUUUUUAUAGGAUCUCUUAAAUAUCGACAAUUAGUUCCAUAUUGUUUUGGAUGUGCAUAUAUACUAUAGCGUUAUGCAGUUGCAGGCUCAAAGCUUGUGAAAAGUUGUGAAGAAACAUGAAAGAAUAAUUGUGAAUAUUGAGCAGCAUUUCUGCUA